AAAGAAAUAAAAAUAUGCACAUGUAGAAAAGUAAAAAAACUAUAAGUGCAAUUUUUUUAAAUUUAUCGUUUUUAAAAAAUCUAAAAAUCAUCAGAAGUCUGCUAACUUCAGUUUCAUCAGAUUUUAUCAAAAUCAUUCUAAGAAUAAUUAAUAAUCAAUAUUUUACUGAUUAAGUGGAUUUGUUUUGUUUUUAUUCUGAUAAAUUAAUAAUUAUAAGCAUAAAAAAUAAUUUAUUUAAAGUUAAAUUGUAUGUGAACUGAAUAGUGAUCGAUAUGAGUUACGGACAAGUGACAAUUUUUGAAUAAAAUAAAAUAAAAAUUUAAAGAUGCGUAUUUUGAUAUGAGUGUGAAUGAAACAGAUGAUACUGAAGUUAAUUGACGUCUAAUUUUUGGAUUUUUUUCAAAAUGAUUAAAAAAAAAAAAUAUUUAAAAAAUUGCGCCUGCAGUUUAUGAAAGUUUUUACAUGUGCAUAUUUUUAGUUUUUUUUUUUUUACCAGACAUCAGACAAAUUUGAAAUUAUCAAUAAAUAGAGUAAAUAAUUUUAAAUUUGUUUGAUGUCUGCUACACUCACAUUUGUAUUAGGAUCAAUGAAAAAUUACAGCGCGCAUUUUUUUAAAUUUUAUUAUUUUAAUUUGUUGAUUUAAAAUUUCAAAAUUGUCUCCUGUCUACAUUCGCGCUCAUCGAUCGACUUUUAAAAGGAGAAAUGUUAUUUUUAAUUAAAUUAUCAGUAGCAAUUUAUAAAUUAUGGGCCAGUACUCGCUGCUGCGGCUUCUUCUUAUUGUUCUUUUCUGUAGCAAAGCACAGUUUUUACCCAUCUGUCAAUCGGCCAUCAGUUAUUAAUAUUUACAAAAGCAUUAAUUAUAAUAAGCGCGUAAUCCGAAAUGGGCAAAGACGACGCAGAGACCACCGCACUCAAGAAAGAGCUGGACGAUUUGAUUAAAAAAUGUCAGGAAGACCAAAAGAAGCAGCAAGACGCGACAUUGGAAGAGGCUUGUUCAUCAGUCGCGGAUGCUCCGAAGAUAAAGCUCUCGACGAAGAAACUUCUAAAGGGCCAUAUAAAUAAAGUCAACUCGGUGCAUUACAGUGGUGACAGCAGACACUGCGUCACUGGAUCCUUGGACGGGAAACUGAUAAUUUGGGACUCAUGGACCGGCAACAAAGUCCAGGUAAUUCCUCUGCGCUCGGCUUGGGUGAUGUCUGUUGCUUUCGCACCUUCUGGAAACUUCGUAGCUUGCGGGGGUAUGGAUAAUAUGUGCACCGUCUACGACGUCAACAACCGUGACGCAACUGGGUCAGCGAAAAUAACCAGGGAGUUACUGGGUUACGAGGGUUUUCUGUCCUCCUGUAGAUUCUUCGAUGAUAAAACCAUAAUAACUGGCUCUGGUGACAUGAAAAUAUGCAUGUGGGACCUGGAGUCGGGUAAAAAAACGACAGAUUUUUGCGCCCACGCUGGAGACGUUGUCAGCAUCAGUCUUUCUCCAGAUGGCAACAGCUAUAUCACCGGGUCUGUGGAUAGAACUUGUAAAUUAUGGGACAUAAGGGAAGAAAAAGCGAAGCAAACUUUCUUUGGUCAUGAAGCUGAUGUUAAUUCCGUUUGUUUUCAUCCCUCGGGAUACUCGUUCGUGACAGCGUCAGAAGACAAAACAGCCCGACUGUGGGAUCUGAGGUCUGACCAGCAGCUCGCUACGUACAAACCCCCAAGUUCAAAUCCCGGGUAUACUUCCUGUGGAUUAUCGCUCAGUGGUAGAUUUAUUUUUUGUGCCAGUGACGAUAAUUCAAUUCAUAUAUGGGACACUUUAAAAGCUCAAUACAACGGAGCUUUGAACGGACAUGAGAAUCGAGUGACUUCUUUAAGUGUAGCACCCAAUGGGAUGGCAAUUGCGAGCUGCUCAUGGGACCAGAUGGUCAGGGUCUGGGUCUAGAUUUAGAAUAAAAAUAUAAAAUAUAUAUAUAUAUAUAUACAUAUAUUAUUAAUACAAAAAAUUUAAUAAUAAACAUAAAUUGAAAUUAAACGUUUUUUGUUGACUUAUAAAAAUA